AUGAUCUUCGCCCUUCCACUCGCUGCCCUCGUCGCCUCCGUCGCCGCUGAAACCACCAACCAGUGGGCCACCUACCCAUCGGUUCCAAAGACCGCCACCAUCAACGGUUUCGCCGACCCCGUCUUCGACUCCCUUCCAGAGUGUGCCCAGCCCUGUGUCAAGGAGUCCACCUCCUCCACCCCAUGCCCAUACUGGGACACCGGCUGUCUCUGUGUCAUGCAAACCUGGUCCUCCAAGGUGACCGAGUGCUACGCUGAAAAGUGUACUGGUUCCGACGCCCAGAAGGCCUACGACGCCUCCGUUCAGAUCUGUAAGAACGCCGGUGUCUGGGAGCCAUACUGGAUUGUCAACGAGGCCGCUGAGGCCGCCAUCUCCUCUGCUGCUGCUAAGGAGCCAACCACCUCUGCCGAGUCCACCCCAGCCACCUCUUCCACUGAGGCCCAGCAGACCACCGAGGAGACCACCACCCAGGGUGAGGCCACCUCUGCUACUUCCCAGCAGGCCCAGGAGACUGGCGAGACCACUGCUGCUCAGACCACUGCCGAGGAGACCACUGCUGCUGAGUCUGCCGCUGAGUCUGCUGCUACUUCUGCUGAGAGCGCUGCUGAGUCUGCUGCUACUUCUGCCGAGUCUGCUGCUGAGUCUGCUGCCUCCUCUGCUGAGUCCUCUGCCGCUGUCUCCUCUUACGAGGGUGCUGCCCAGGGUGUCUUCCCAGCCGCUGCUGUCGGUGUUGCCGCCGGUGUCGCCAUGCUUUUGUAA